AUGGAUCGACAAACUAGUAGCAACGACUUUGAGAAGAGAGACGGUGACGUUCAGCAUGUGGACGGAACCGUCAGCUCUGACACGACUCCAGAUGAUCAUGGAUUCACCCCGGAUGAGCAGCGCAGCAUCGUCCGCCGGAUCGACCGGCGGCUGGUGGUCACUCUCGGUGUUCUUUAUUGCAUCAGCUUGAUGGACCGCACAAACAUGAGCGCGGCCAACAUUGCGGGUAUGAGCAAGGAACUCGUCCUCACAGGAUUCAGAUAUAACAUCGCCAAUCUCGUCUUCUUCAUCCCAUACAUCCUCUUCCAACCCCCCUCAACGAUCCUCAUCCGCAAGAUCGGUCCUCGAAUCCACCUGUCCGCCAUCACGGCAUUCUGGGGCGCUGUCAUGAUCGGCAUGGGCUUCGUCAAGGACCACAACGCGUUGACCGGUCUGCGAGCAGUCCUGGGUCUUUUGGAAGCCGGCUUCUUCCCCAGCUGUGUUUACUUGCUGAGCACCUGGUACACUCGAUUUGAGGUGGGCAAGAGGUACUCCCUGUUUUACCUUCUUGGUUGUGUUGCGAGUGCCUUUUCCGGCAUUCUCGCAUAUGGGCUCAUGCAAUUGGGUGGCCGUGAGGGCCUUACCGGCUGGCGCUGGAUCUUCAUCGUCGAAGGUGUCUUGACCUGCGCACUUGGAAUAGGCGCUUACUGGCUCCUCGUCGACUUCCCCGACUCUACCAGGAAGAACUGGUCCUUCCUCGGCCAGCGCGAGCGGGACUGGAUCGUCGCCCGCAUCGCCCGCGACCGCGGCGACGCCACCGUCGAGGCCUUCAAGCUCAGCAAGUUCCUCCGCGGCGGCACCGACUGGAAGAUCUGGGCCUACGCCCUGAUGUUCUUCAACACCACCACCAUCAGCUACAGCCUGGCCUACACCCUGCCCAUCCUCCUCGUGCAGAACAUGGGCUUCAGCGUGGGAGCGGCCCAGUGCCUCGUCGCGCCCCCCUACGCCUUCGCCGGCAUCGUCAUGUUCACGGGCGCCUGGCUCAGCGACAAGUACCGCCUCCGCGGGCCCCUCAUCGUCUUCAACAUGCUCCUCGCCCUCAUCGGCCUGCCCCUCAUGGGCUGGACCGACUCGACCCGCGUCCGCUACCUGGGCGUCUUCUUCGUCACCGCGGGCGCCAACGCUAAUGUGCCCGCCGUCAUGACCUUCCAGGCCAACAACCUGCGGGGGCAGUGGAAGCGCGCCUUCUGCAGUGCCACCAUGGUCGGCUUCGGCGGCGUCGGUGGCAUCGCGGGCAGCCUCGUGUUCCGGGACCAGGACAAGACAACGGGGUACAAGCCGGGCAUGUACGCCUGCAUCGCCUGUGCCGCCCUCAACGUCCUCCUUGUCCUCCUCGUCACCCUCGAGUUCAGGCGCCAGAACAAGAAGGCCGACCGCGGCGAGAAGCUGCUCGAGGCUUAUGACGAGGACGCAACUCCCGACUUCCGUUACACCUACUGA